AUGGUUUUGAGAUACUUCCAUCGUUUUAUCGCCGAGAUGGGCCUUAUCACUCUCUACAAAUCACCCCUCGAUACAAAGCUUCUAUGCCUUCAACGCUUCACCCGAAUGUUCGCAUAUGCCACAGCUACCCUCAUUCUCGUUGAAUAUCUGUCUAUACUUCAAAUCUCCAAGACGAAGAUAGGGGUCUUCAUGACCUUAACAUUGGUUGGUGAUACAUUGAUUAGCUUUGUUCUUACACUAUUCGCAGAUGCGCUAGGAAGGAAAUCUAUAUUGGCGGUGGGCUCAGGGUUAAUGAUGGGGAGCGGUAUUGUUUUUGCGAUUUGUGAGAACUACUGGGGUCUACUUGCUGCUGCCAUUUUGGGGGUUAUUAGUCCUAGUGGAAAUGAAAUAGGUCCUUUCAGAGCAAUCGAAGAAUCCACUCUUGCGCAACUUACACCCGCAUCAAAUCGAAGCGACAUAUAUGCGUGGUAUUCGUUGAUAGGAACAGCGGGCCAGGCGUUUGGAUUUGUUGUUUCUGGCUGGGUCAUCAAUUACUUGCGGAUUGAGUGUGGCUGGACUGAUAUCUCUACAUAUCGAGCUGUAUUUUGGAGCUACGCGCUGUUUGGAUUCAUUAAAUUUCUACUUUCAGUAGGACUCAGUCAAGCAGUGGAGAUUGAGGGAAAAUAUUCACCGGUCGAGGACCCGGAAAUUGCUCCAUUGUUGGGCGACGGAGCUGAAGAGGUGGUUGCUACGAAGAAAGGUUAUCUUGUCUCAAAGCUGCCUGAUAUAAGUAAGGAGAGCAGAGUCAUUGUGUUGAAUCUUUGUCUCUUGCUGGGGCUUGAUUCUUUUGCGUCCGGUCUUGUACCUCUCUCAUGGGUGACUUAUUUCUUCCAUGAGAAGUUUGGUGUUGAAGAAGGGAAAUUGGGCUCUCUUUUCUUCACCACGAGUAUCAUAUCAGCUUGCUCAAUGCUAGUUGCCUCAUCUUUAGCAAAGCGUUUUGGAAAUGUCAAGACAAUGGCAUUUACUCAUCUUCCAUCAACGAUUUUUCUUGCUCUUAUCCCCGUACCUUCUAGCCUUCCAUUUGCGAUAACCUUUCUCAUACUCCGGCACUCCACAUCAUCUAUGGAUGGAGUACCGCGUGCUGCCUUUAUCGCCGCAGUCGUACAUUCACACGAACGCACUGCGGUCAUGGGACUUCUGAAUGUUGUUAAGACAUCUGCGCAAAGUCUUGGCCCAGUCAUCACAGGCGUGUUGGCUGGACAAAAUCUUUUCUGGGUUGUAUUUGUCUCCGCGGGAAUUCUCAAAGCCUUCUAUGAUCUAGGGCUACUGGCUAUUUUUGCCGGUCAUCAGACUCACGACGAUAAAGCAGAGGAGGAGAGGAGGGUGUUAGAAGUGGAAGCAAGAGCAGUUGCAGAGAGAAGUGAAAACUUUGAGUCAUAG